AUGCCUUCCGCCACUAGCACGUCCUCGUUCUAUCUCCCACUUGUCGACAUCUCGCCAUUUUUAGAAGAUAGUCAGUCUCCUGCAGCUCAAAAGGUAGUCAAGGACGUGACAGCGGCCUGCAAAUCUACUGGGUUCUUCCAGAUCAGGGGCCACGGGGUCCCAGCCCAGCUCCGCAGGGCCCUUUUCGAAGCGUCCAGGAAUUUCUUCGCGCUCCCCCUCGGAGAAAAGAUAAAACUCGAUGCGCGAAAGAAUGUAGGGUUCCGUGGCUACGAUGUCAUGGAGUCGCAGUCUUACGAGCCGGGUGCCGAUGCCGGGCUGGACGUCGUGCGCGACAUGAAAGAGGGUUUCUUCGCAUCCACAGACUUUCCGCUUGACCAUCCCCGCGUGAAGAGCGGUCGCUUCCUCCAGGGCCCCAAUGUCUGGCCCGCACCAGAGCUCAUCGCGCAUGAACAAUUCGGUGCUGUCAUCGAAGACUACCGCCGAGAGAUGCUGCGCUUGUCCCGUGUGGUCCUAGACCUCAUUGCAGCGACAUUGCCUUAUGGGCCUCAUGUGUUUGAUGAGCUUUUAUCUGACGAUCCGAUGUGCCUGGUCCGCCUGCUACACUACCCACCGGAUCCACCGACAAACGGGAAGGCAGGCAAGAACCAGCUUGGAAGUGGAGAGCAUACAGACUUCGGCAUUAUCACCCUCUUGCUCCAGGACGAUCAUCCCGGCUUGGAGGUUCUUGAUGAAGAGACGGGUGCCUGGGUCGGGGUACCGCCUCAGGAGGAUGUUUACAUCGUCAACAUAGCCGAUAUGAUGUCCAUGCUCACAGCAGGAGACUAUAAGAGCAGUGUGCACCGUGUCAGAAAUCAAGGGGAGGAAGAUAGGUAUAGUGUAGUGUUCUUUUUCGACGGCAAACUGGACUAUAAACUGAAAAGACUGGAUGGUCACGAUGACGUCGAUGAAGCCGGCCGUCAUAUCCCUACUGUCGAAGAACAUGCGGCAAUCCGUAUGACGGGUAGCUACCGCACCGUCGUAGCAUAA